AUGAACAUCUUCCGUCUGGCCGGUGACAUGGCCCACGUGGCCUCCAUCUUCAUUCUGAUUCACACAAUCCGAACGCGCAAGUCGACCAGUGGCCUGUCGCUCAAAACCCAGGCGCUGUACCUGGCGGUGUUUGUGGCCCGUUACAUGGACCUGUUUGUCUUCUCGGACGUGCGGGCAGGCCGAUACUACAACGUGCUGAUGAAGCUGCUUUACCUGGGCACGUCCAUCUACACCAUCUACCUCAUGACACAAAAGUACUCCAACGAACAGACCAACAGGCACAUUGACACUUUCAAGGUCGAGUACCUGGUGGGCCCGGCGGUGGUCAUGUCGCUCAUCUUCAAUGACGGAUACACGUUUCUGGACAUUCUGUGGUCCUUUUCUGUGUGGCUGGAGUGCACCGCCAUCCUGCCCCAGCUGUUCAUGCUGCAGCGAACCGGCCAGGCCGAAAACCUCACCAUCCACUACAUUGCCGCCCUGGGAGUCUACCGAGCGCUGUACAUUCUCAACUGGAUCUACCGUUUCUGGACCGAGGACAAGACCAACCUGGUGGCCUUCAUUGGAGGCAUCAUCCAGACUGUCAUCUACUCGGACUUCUUCUACGUCUACUACGUCAAGGUCCUCAAUGGCGAGAAGUUUGAGCUGCCUGUUUAA